AUGGCUUCUCAUACCUGGACCUACGAUGAGGCCAUUGAAAAGCUGAACUCGUUCCAGACCAACGCCAGCGUGUUGCAACAACAGCGCAAGCACGGCAUCGACUUGACCAAGGCCAUUCCGCUUACCCGAGACUUUUUGCAACGCAUCAACUGCACGCAAGAUGACCUGCGUCGGCUGCAGGUUAUCCACAUUGCUGGAUCGAAGGGCAAAGGCAGCGUUGCUGCGUUUUGCGAGUCGCUGCUCCGUGCUCGCGGCUUCAAGACCGGCCUCUUCACGUCGCCGCACUUGAUUGAAGCUCGCGAGAGAAUUCGCAUCAACGGGGCUCCAAUCUCCCAGCAGCAGUUUGCACAGCACAUGCAGGACACGUGUGCCCUCUACGAUGCCACGCAGCCCGAUGAUGGGGUGUCCAAGUACCCAACGUACUUCAAGGCAACAUUCCUCCUCGCUCUCAAGGUGUUUCUUGCCGAGAAGGUGGAUGUGGCUGUCGUGGAGGUUGGGCUUGGUGGCCUGUAUGAUGCAACCAACGUCAUCGACCACCCCGUGGUCUGCGGCAUCACUCACAUCGGCUACGAGCACACCUCUGUGCUUGGCGAUACGCUGACGAAGAUUGCGCACCAAAAGUGCGGUGUCCUCAAGCCAGGUGUCCCCUCGUUCGUCACUCCACAGACGCCCGAAACGCUCGCAGAAUUCAAACGCUCCGCAGAGCUGCGCAAGGUAAACCACAUGCGUGUUUAUGUUCCAAACACGCACACGCACACACGCACACACACACACACACACACACACACACACACACCGCCAGGGUUGUCGGGGACACACCAGCGCAUCAACGCUGCCCUCGCUGUCCAGCUGUGUCGCACGUGGGAGGCGUACACGAGAGAUCAUCAGUACCCCGUGCCACAGACUGCGACUGACCCAACACAGGACGUGCUGCCGGAGGUGUCCCUGCAGCCGCUCACGCCACUUGAGUCGCAAGCCCUGCAGUCUUGCGCGUGGCCGGGCAGGGCACAGGUGCUGCAAGACGGCGAUAUCACAUAUUAUCUCGAUGGUGCACACACCGUCGACUCGUGCAAGCCUGCGGGUCUGCCCAUCUUUGUCAUGUUUCAUGACAGGCCUGCGGGUCUGCCCAUCUUUGUCAUGUUUCAUGACAGGGCCAUGGCGGAGUGGCUGGAGAGUGUUCUCGACCGGAAAUCGCCGUCACUUCGCGUCCUCAUCUUCAACUGUACCGGUGACCGCGAGCCAGAGCAGCUGCUGCGCCAAGUCCUGGAGAAGCACGCCUUUGAUGUCGGCAUCUUCUGUCCAAACGUCGCAUCCCUCAAAUCCACCAGAGCAGACCAGGUGAACCACAAUGCGUCCAGCACGGCGUGCCAGCGCAUGCAGCGCAGAGCACGCGACACUUUUGCCCGCGUGUGCACCAACGAUGCAACCACACACCUGUUUCCGUCCAUCGAGGACGCAAUCACACAUGUGCGCGAGCUCAAGGCAGAGAACGAAGCGAGUGGCAAACGUGUUGACGUCAUAGUCACGGGCAGUCUUCAUCUCGUCGGCGGCGUUCUUGGUGUCUUGGGCGCGCCCGUGGCGUGA